AUGAAGGGAACUCCUGAGGCACCUGCUUGUGGAUUUUCCCGUCACACUAUUGAAAUCCUCGGCUAUCAGGGGGUAGACCCCAGCAAAUUCGCUGCAUAUAAUGUUCUAGAGGACCCAGAGCUUCGUCAAGGAAUCAAGGAGUACAGCAACUGGCCAACCAUUCCUCAAUUAUAUAUUAAGAAAGAAUUUAUUGGGGGCCAUGAUAUCAUUGUCUCACUUUCUGAGACUGGUGAAUUAGCUGAGAUGUUAGAAAAGGAAGAGGUGCUCGUCCCUGAAGAAUAA